AUGAUCAGCAUGGAGCUUCCGGCCCACGCGACGCAGCAUGGUGCUCUUCACCUGGGGGUCGGGGUCGCGGUGAAUCCAGGUGAUCCAGCCGGAAGUACUCUAGCCGCCAUUCAUCCGCAUCCCCAGGAUCCCCUAGCCCUCCACCAUCACAAUCACGCUACCGCGACACCCGGAGGUAUGCAUGAGGACUCCAAGAAAAAACAUGACGGUGGCCAUGGAAUGAAUCAAGACGGCCACGGUGGAGUUAACCAGCUUGGUGGUGUCUUUGUGAAUGGGAGGCCCUUACCGGACGUGGUAAGGCAAAGGAUCGUCGAACUCGCGCACAGUGGUGUCCGACCGUGCGACAUUUCGAGACAACUCAGGGUAUCUCACGGCUGUGUAUCCAAGAUAUUGUCUAGGUAUUACGAAACCGGUAGCUUCAAGGCUGGCGUGAUAGGUGGUUCGAAACCUAAGGUAGCAACGCCACCAGUGGUCGAUGCUAUCGCUAAUUACAAGAGGGACAAUCCAACGAUGUUUGCUUGGGAGAUACGAGACAGGUUGUUAGCCGAAGGGAUUUGCUCGCAGGACAACGUACCAUCCGUCUCCUCGAUCAAUCGAAUCGUGAGAAACAAGGCGGCGGAGAAGGCGAAGCACGCGCAUCAGCAACAGCAGGCGCAGCAGCAGCAAGGUCAGCAGCAAGGUCAGCCAGGAUCAGGUGGUUCCGUGUCGGUGAUAGCCCAUGCACCUGCAACGCCGACGGGUCAUCCUGCGGCCACCGCUCCCAAUGCCUACAGCAUCAGUGGCAUCCUCGGAAUCCCCGCACACCAUCAGGAUCCAAACGGCAACAGCAUCAAGAGAAAGCGAGCCGAUGACGACGACAAUCGUGAGUUGGGUGAUCAUCCCGAAGACGACUUGAAGAGACAGCGAAGCAACUACAAUGGCGACCAACUCUAUUCGAACCUGUGGUCGAGUAAAUGGAGCAUCAAGGACGAGCACAAGCUCUUGAACGAGCUCGGCGGAGGAGGCGGUGGUGGCGGAGGUGGCGGAGGCGGUGGAGGAGGUGGCGGCGGCGGAGGAGGCGGCGGUGGCGGUGGUGCCAACGGUACGACGAACGCGGGUGGAGGAGGAGGUGGUGGCGGAGGUGGCGGAGGUGCAGGAGCCGGUGGUGCCUACUACGAACACGCUGGAUUCCCCGGGAACGCGAUUGCCACCUCCGCCGAGCUCUACGACUCCCUGGGCACCAUCAGUACGAUGACGCAGGCGCAAACACCGCAUCUCUAUACCCCGCCCAUAGGGGGCACCAUAGGUGGUACAUUGACGCCGCUCGCGCCACUGACGAUGCAAGCAUUGGACGGGGCUAACAUGUCUCCUUACCACGCCACCGGUGGUGGCGACUACGCGUACAGCGCAGCGUAUUCUCAAUAUUCGAGUGCACCGUACAGUGGAUAUGGCUAUGGAGCAGCGACAAGCGGGUUGCUCAAUUCGACGUACUACUACUGCAACGGGGAUACGCUGGCGUCUUCCCAGAACAAUACGCAAGCGGGCGGAGCGUGCAACAAUGGUGGUAGUGGGGCGGAAAGCACCACUGACGUGGCUAGUCGUUCGCCAUUGGCUGCUACCAGAGCGAGUAGCGGGGCGAGUGCAGCAUCACCUACCGGAAGCGCUUGCACCAAGCCGGAUCAUGCCUCCACACCGACCGACCUAUACUUGGCUUGAUCGGUAAAAGCGUCACGUGAUUCCUCACUCUGAAAAACCGAUCGCGGAUAAAACGGACGCCAUAUCAUUCAGAAAACUCUAAAAAAAACCGUCUUACCGACUUAUGAUCUCCUGUUGAGUUUUCACGCUGAGAAUAUGACGAAGGCAGGAGGGAGGAUUAGAAUGGAGAAAGGAUUAAAUGAAGGGAAAGAAGAGGAGGAGCUGAGCAAACAAAUGAAAAAUCCUUCCCUUUCUCGUAUCCUUGCCUCUUUCGUUCUCGUUUCUUCUCAUUCAACAAAUCCGGCCGAAAAUAAUAAAAAGAAACGCGUUCGAGCCAAGAGGUUCGAAAACAAGGACCGUCUCUUACAUUAGUAGUUUAUUUAUUUGGUGAUACGAAGAGGAAAGCAAUUUUGGAAAAAGAAAAGAAAAAAAAAGUUUAUCGAACUGCGAGGAGAGACUGUCUUCUAACGCGGAAGAAACGAGAGGAAGCAAAAGAAGAAGGAAGAUCAGGAAAAGAGAAAAAGACCUUCCCGCACAGCGUUAGAGAUUUUCUUCGUUAGGACGCGCGCAGCCGCUAGAUAGUUUAAUUUAACGAUCCUCGUUUAUAGCGUAAUUAUCGAAAGACGCGCGACGCACGCUGAUCGGUCGACUCGAUGCUCGUUACCGCUACAAUUUUCCCGCUCGAAGAAAUUCGUAUUUGAAAAUUUCCCUCGAACAUUUGGCCGACCAAUCAGCGAUUCCGAUAGCCGGAGCGUGGCGUCGCGCGUGCACGCAUACGACGCGUUGCUCGCGAGCGCUGAUCCUCGUACCACCUGUCCCUGGGUUCACAAACUACGUCUGGAAAGGUACAAUGAGGAAAUUAUUCUCGGGAGUAACCUCUCGUAUGGAAAUUUUACGAACGCAAUUCGAAUGGUGUCCUUAUUCGAUUUCUAAUCGAAUGAGAUAAAAAGAAAACAAGAAAAAAAAGGAAAAAAAAACAUAUUUAAAAUGACGAUAAAAGCAAGAGAUAAUAGGUAUGAAAUGUUAAACAAAAAAAAAAAGGAAAAUGAAUACGGACACCAUUUAAUCGAAAAGUAUACCUAUGUAAGCAAGGAAGAUAAAAAAAAGCGUUGGUAGCCCGCGCGAGAAAUACCACCUCCCCUUAUUACUCCUUAUCAGCCCGUUCCAUAAAAUCCUUAAAAAUUCAAAUCCCUUCCCUUCCCUUACCUAAGGAUAUAAAGGUAUAGCAGAGAGUAAUCGAUAAGUUUAUUGAGAUUUUUAAAUCAGAAGUCGACGUAACGCGCGAUCGCUACUGUUAAGGAUAUUAUAUAUAUUUUUUGUAGAAACCAAAGACCACACGCGGAUCGUCGAAAGUAAUAAGGAGUGAGUGAACGUCGUCGUUUAAAAACAAAAAAUGGCAAUGUUUUUACGCCGUCGCGCGCUCAUGUCAGUCGGAGACAUUUUUCAAAAUCGUGCGACUCUAUAUAUAUAUAUUCUAUGAUGUUCUCUCUCGUGUUCUUUUUUCCUGUUUUUUUUUUUUUUUCAAGACAUGUACAUAAGCGUAUUCACGUGCAUACGUUUCCCGCCUCGAGUAAUGCACAGGAUAUAUCGGCAGAUUUUAAUUUCUUUUUAAUUUCCAUGUCCAAAUUAGAAGAAGAAGAGUCUAAUUAACGCGUUAAUAUUAUUUUGUAUGUUAUUGUGGGAUAGUGCACCUCAAUUCAUUCGUGCACCUCAAGGCAUUCGUGAGGAAGUUGACCUGGAUAACUGAAGGAUUAGAGCAGUCGCCCGGAAAGCGGAAGACCCGGUCCAGUCAGAUCCAACGGCCUAACUUUUUCACGAAUCCUACAUUAUUGUUAUUCCGUAGAAAAUAUAACCCGAAAAAGCUGGCGGAACGAAAGCGCUAACUCGCGAUGUCGAAGAAAUAUUUCCUUUUCUCUUUUUUUAUUAAGCCACCGAUAAAUUUAUU